AUUGGUUUUUUAUACGAAUUUGCUAAGUGAAGGAACCUGAAAAAAGAACAAAAGUAUGUUACGGACUAGGUAUAUGAAACGAAUUGUGUGUGGGUGGACAAUAAAUCGGCCUUGCAAACCAUCUUCAAGCUCAUGAUCCUUCAAAAAAGGAAUAAUAAAAAGGAGCAAUCGGGUUUUAACAUCCGAUUGAGACUCGCGAAGCGUCGUUGUCGGGGCCAUAUUGAUUUUUUGGAAAAUAAAAUAUGAAGAGCUGCGGAGUGGUGGUCUAAGGUGUGGUUGGUAUUGGUUAGUGACCAUAGGAAUGCUUUACUGCGCCCGCGAGUAGUCUAGUUAACGAAUCUGAUGAUUGAAGAAGGGAAAAACGAUGUGUUGAUUAAAAAUGUGGUAGCGCAGCUAAAUAUUUCAAAUAGUUAUCGGUAUCAUCGAGUGGAAACCAAUUGGAAGAAUGUUUUAAGUGUUGAUAGUGAAUGUUAGGUUAGCUCCAUGUUUGCUGGUGUAAUUGAUUUGUCAAAUGAUCCUCGUGUCGUCAAGUUUAGACACCAUUUCUUCGAGUGACACACUCCCGGAUCACGCCUAAGCAUGUCAACGAUGAUACACUUGUAGAACAACUUAGAGAGAACCAUAAAGCAUCGUUUAUUCCCUUGAAAAAUAAAACAGAAUAAUGCCUGCAUGAUUUUUAAAUUAUACAUCCAGUUGAAAUGAUGAGUAGUUGGACUGAAAGAAUGCAUCGGCGGGCUGCGACCCUUGGCAACGUUGUCACCAGCUGUGGACAUCCUUCGUCGGUACCUCCAUAUCCUAGAAGACUCGAAAAAGUUAAAUUUGGUAUACCACUCGAUGAAGUAUGUAAAAAUGAUAUUCCUGGUCCGUUGUUAGUUCUCAUUUUGAAGCUGAACAAAGAAGCACCCCUAAGAAAAGAUGUGUUCAGAGCACCAGGGCAUCAGGGUAACAUGAAGAAACUUAUCCAUUUCUUACAAACAGGACGAUUAGUCAAUAUGGACAAUUUUAGCGUUUAUACAAUAGCUAGUGUGUUGAAAAAAUUUUUGAGAAAAAUACCUGGUGGAGUUUUCGGGCGGGAAGGAGAACAACAAUUGUUUACAGUUAUUCAACUUGAUAGUAUGGAACAACAGAGGGACCAGAUUCAUAAAUUAAUAACAUCAUUACCAGUAUAUACACAACGUCUACUUGUACUUCUCUUUGGAACCUUCAGGGUAGUAGCUGUAAACAGUGAAAGAGCUCAUACAGGAAUGUCUAGUGAAGCUCUUGGAGUAUCAGUCGCACCUUCAUUUUUUCAAAGCUGCGUAAGUGAUGGUAAAACUGCAAAAAUGGAAGAUGUACUCAGAUUCAAGGUAGCUACACGCGUAAUGAAAUUUAUGAUUGACAAUUUUGGAGUUUCAAAUCUUUUUGGUCGUGAGAAUUACGAAUUUUAUGCCAGAAUAACUGGGAGAAUAUUGAAAGUAGAAGAAGACUGGAUAUUCAGUUUCAGAUAUCCUCCCGACAGCGUAGUAUCAAGACAAUUGUCUCUUGAAGCGGAAAAAACGUGGAUGCAAUAUGAAUGCGAACGAUGGGGAUUGAAACUUAACUUGGAAUCUAUGUCACAUCAAGAAGAAUCCCAAUCAACACCAGCUUUAAUCCACAUGCCAGAGUCUUUAGAUCUUACGUCAUCAUUAGGAAUGAUUCCAGAGAAUACUUUACUUGAGAGUUAUACUCGGCUAUCCGUUAGUUUAGAAGAAAAUGGACUAUUUCAUGCAUCAAGCCGAUCAUCAAGCAAUGGUAGUCAUCAAUCUCGCCAUGCAGCAAUGACGUUAGAUGAAUUGCGAGCUGUGAAUAGAUAUGCUGAGAGUACGAAAAGCCUUACUUAUUUGCCACAGGUGCAUGAAAGGCAAACUGCUCGUAUGCGUACGAGGUCUGAAUGGUUUUUAACGCCUGUUGGAGAAAGACUUAUUGGCACUGAUAGUGAUCCCACAGCCAUACAUAUUCUAAGAGGAUCUAAUCGAUCUUCUUCCGGUAACAUUGCAACUGGUUUGAGUGCAAGCGCAGAGUCAGUGAAACGUCCAAGUUUACGGAGAACUGCUUCGAGAGAGAAAUCUCGACUUCAUCGAAGUUCCUCACGACGUAAUAAAGAGAAUGGAACGAAGACUCGAGCAUCAGUUGAUGCUUGUAAAUCACGAUCUGUAGAGAUAAUGAAAAUGAAAAGAGUUUCGCUUGAACAACCAGCAGAGAAGAUUAUGAAAAAUAAGAGUGAUGAAUUGCUUAAUGAUGAAAUACACUCAAGAGAAUGUUUAACUGAGAAAACGACUGAUAUUUCAAUUGGACCUCAAGACUGUACAGAAAUGGAUGUUCAAACAUUUCAUGUUACAUUAACAUAUAAACCAAGAAUAUGAAACAAACAUUAAAGCAGUUUUUGUUUUUAAUAAUAAUAAGCUGCUGGAAUAUGUUUUAAGCGAAAUUAUUAAACUUAUUUUAUGAACGAAGAACGUCAUACGUAAAAAAAAUACGUACACGUAUCUGCUUUAAUGCCCUCCAAAAAUUGAAUGUGUUAUUAAAUUGGAAACUUGUGAAAAUUUUUUAUACUUGAAUGCUUGAUUAGUUUAUUGAACGAUUUUAGUAUCUGUCAAUCGAUACACUUUUUGUGUGUUAAAAAAAAUUUUAAUUGUAUGCGUGGUUAGUAAUGUUUAGUUAAAUAAUCUUCGACGUUCGCGUGAUUAGACUACCUAUUGAUACAUCUUUAUAACUCGAAAAAGAUGCAUGGAUAGGAUGUAAAUCUUUCAUACAGGGUGUGGAAUAGGCAGACAUCAUGCUCAUUCCAUUUUUCGAAUAUUUAUAUGUUACUAGACAAAAAAUCAUAAUACUUUUUCGAAAACAAGGUAAUACAAUGAAUAAGUUUUCCACAAAUUUUGAACUAAUCUUUGCCACAUACAAAUUUGAUGUUUUUAUUUCACUACUGAAUGAUGUUAAUGAUGUGUACUGAUAAAGGUACUUUUAAUACUGGCAUCUAAUCAUUUAAAACAAGAUUUUUUAAUUUUAUCAACUGUACCAUUCCAACUGCAUUUAUUAAUUUGAUCUUAUACUGUCAUUAAUUAUCUACAUGAUUUGACAAACUUCUGAAAUAAAAAAAAAAAAAAACUCGUUUCUAAUUUAAAAAUAAUGACAGUAUAAUUUUCAUAAUUAUUUACUACAUUUUUUCGCUUUGUAUAUAAAGUUUUUUAUAUACAUAUAUUACAAGAAGCGAGUGGAAACGUUAUUUAUGCUCUUCGAAAAAAAUACUAUUCGAUUAGCGGAUGCAUAAGAGAUAGUUGACAUCAUUGAUACAAUAAUAUAUUUAUAAAAUUGUUUUAUCCUAGAAUUAAGUAUUAGGAGAAUGUUUUAAUCAUUUUCACUGUCACAACUGAUUAAUUUUUGCCGUUUAUUUGCACAGAGAGUAUAAUGAAAAUCUUAGUAAUUUUUAUAUUUCCUUUUUUAUAAUUUAUUAUUUGCUUUAACAAACUUAUUAAUAUAUUAUUAUCAUAAAUUUCAGUAUUGGCAUAGAAAUUGUAAAAAUUUAUUAUUUAUGUACAAUUACUCAACGAUAUUUGUCAAAGUUAUUUGUUUUAGUAUUUUUGAAUAGUAUUAAAAGAAACGUUAUUAUCAGUUAUAUUUUCGAAAAUAUGUAUCGAUUAUCCAACCUGCACCAAAGAGCAGCUGUUUUAGUUUAUUAAUUAGGAUUUAAUUAGCACGUCGCUUUGCAUAUUGACAAAUUUACAAAUAUUUUAUAGACUUUUCAUUUAUCAUUAUUAUUUUUCACGAAAACUUUUAUUUGUUUUUUCACGAGUCACUGUGAUUUAAGCUUCAUCAUGUAAUAUUUUAAUACUAUAAGAUUUAUAAUAUAAAGUGAGUCCAAUAAGUUCGAUAAAAUUAUGUUCAAAGUGUUCUAAUAUAUUAAAUGAAAAGAACAUAAAUGCCAAAUAUCAGAGUAGAGAUAUUUACAAUGAAUAUUAUCGUGACAUUCGACACUGAAGACUGGUUUUAGGACCAUAUAGUGAUUAGAAUGCUUGAUAGUAAUAUUUUUUUCUUUUAAUUGAUUAUUCAGUAUAAUAAUUAUAUAAAUGUGUUUCUCUACUGUUUCGCAUAUAUUGUACAAGACAAUAUUUUUUAUGUUGAUCUGUGGUCCAAAAUAAAUUGCCAAAGCUGUAAGACUGUCAGCAAAGAGAUCAGAUAAUUGAUUGCAAAAUUUAAAUAUUGUCUUCAAAUUUUUUUUAUUGUUAUUAAUUCCUUAUUUUAUAAUUAUUGAAUGUAUAUAACAAAAUUAUGUAGUUAAUUGAACCACACCAAUGAUAAGAAAUCGGAUGAUUAGUUUUUAAGUCACGAAAUAAAAGAAAAAGAAUUGUGUUAAAAGAUCACGCUCACAUAUAUAACAUA